AUGUUCAUGGGUAGCUGGCCUCUUCCACCUCCCCGCCCUCACCUGCUAUUCAUUGCCGAGGAGCUGGCCCGAUCUCACCGCAGUUUGGCUGGCUGGCGUGGUUCCGUCACCGCUGACACGCAAAAAGCAACUCCCGCAAUUGCCAGCAUGGCCGACGACCCGUCUCUGAUCAAUCUCAAAAUCCUCUCCCCGUCAACUGAAGUCGAUGGCGACAUCAACGUCCCCGAUCUUCCAGCCUCAACGACUGUCUCAGAGCUCAAGCUCCGCAUCAGGAAUGAAAUCUCAACUCACCCCGCCGUGGAGCGCAUGCGGCUGAUCUACCGCGGCAGAGUAGUUGCUAACGAGACAGACACGAUGAUUGAUGUGUUUGGCAUGGAGCAGAUUCGCAAUUCCAAGGACCAAAGCCUCCAUCUAGUCCUCCGCGAGCUUCCCACCACCACAUCGCCUGCUCCCCGAUCCUCUACCGCACCGCCGAACCCUUUCCGACCGUUACAGACCCCAGCUUCCCCGCCCGCGAAUCCGCAUACCAACCCAUUCCGAGCCCAGCCCCAGCCUCGACCAAACUCACAGCCUCAGCUGCCGCAUCCCCACCACCUCCACCACCACCAUCAUCACGCCCAUGCUCACGCUCACCCCCAGGGCCCGUUUCCCUUCAACGGCAUUCCCCUGCCUCCCAACAUGAAUGACAUGUUUCAGCAACAGGUCGCGCAGGCUAUGGGUCGUAAUGUACACCAAAAUCCUGCUCAAGAUGCCCAAAACCAGCCGUCACACUCGCCAGGCGGGACCCCAGCCCCAGCAGACGGCACCCAGGCAGCCGCUGGUGGCAUGCCGCCAGCCAUGGGCCCAGGAACGCCUAACUUCGCGCCCAAUACAACCAGAACAAUACGGCACGAAACUAUCGGCCCCAACGGCGAGCGCUGGACCAUGACCAUCAACAACACUAAUCUCACCAUACCAGCCCAGCCGCACCAGCACCCCAUCCUGCCUCGCCCUUUCCCGCAUCCUUCACGCUUUCCCAGCCCCGUUCGACCGCCAGGAUCGUUGGGCAAUUCCAUUGAUAACGAAUUGUCCCAGGUCAGAAUAGGUCUACAGACAGCCCAACAAGAGAUGGAGAAUGUGAGGGUCCUGCUUCAAGCCCCCGGCGGCCACGCUGGAUCACAAGGACUGCCGCCUCCAUGGCGUCAUAAUCUAAUUCGGCAACAUGUGCAGAAUCUCAUGCAGAACCUAGAUCACAUUCAACGUGGUCUCGCAACACUGAUCGCGGACCCCAUUCUAGCCCGUAAUCGGGACGUUCUUUCUCUGCAAAUGUCAAGCAAUGAGCUCCGCUCUCAUGCUGAAGAUUUGAACACAAUGUUGGACCGCCUGCGCGAUGCGGACGUGCCAGCCCAGACCCCGAAUGCCGUUCCAUCGUCAAGUGCUCAACCUUCUUCUUCCCCAGACACAGUCCCACAAGCCGCACCACCUCAAACCCAGCCACAAAGCCAACCCCAAUCCCAGGCCUCUCCUGGUCCAUCGGUCACCGACAUCGGUUCCGAGCUCUUCAUCCUCUCCAGCCCUCAAGGCCCCGUCGGCAUUCUCUUCGACCACCGUGGUACCUACUCCACUGCGCCCAUGGUCUCUACCCUCCCCUUCCAAACAUUCACCCAGCAAUUCUCCGCAAACCGGCAAUUGCUUGCGGGUAUCGGCCAGCAAAUCGCACAAAAUUCGGCGCAGUUACAGAAUCAGCUUGCGGCCGCAAGACCGGUGGGAAAUGAGGGGGGAAAUGCUGCAGACCAAAACCAGCCCGCUGCUCAACACCAAGCCCAGCCUCAGAACCAAGCUCAAAACCAGGCCCAGCCCCAGAAUCCAGCUGAAAACGACCGCUUAGUCGUAAUCGCCGGCCACCUCUGGCUGCUCUUCAAACUCGCGUGCUUCGUCUAUAUCUUCGCUGGCGGCGGUGGGUGGUACCGUCCAGUUAUGUUAGGCAUCGUAUGCGCGCUUGUUUAUCUAGCUCAGGUAGGAGUGUUUGAAGAUCAGUUUGACAGAGUUAGGAGGCAUUUUGAAGCGUUGCUUCCACUGCAGUUGCUUGCGAAUGAGAGGGGCCAGGGGGGAAGGGGUGGUGGGAAUGCACAGGGGCGGGGUGCGCAAGGGGGCGCGGGAGAUGAGGGCGUGGGUGCGGGUGCGGGUGGGAAUCAGAAUCGCGAACACACUCAUACUCCCGAAUCAGUCGCUCAGAGGCUUGUGGAACGCCACAACGAAGAGCGAUUUGCGUGGAUCAGACGGGUUGUAGGGAGUACGGAACGUGCUUUUGCUCUCUUUAUCGCGAGUUUGUGGCCUGGAAUUGGGGAGCGUAUGGUGCAGGCGCAGGAGGAGCGGGUUAGGGCGGAACGGGAGGCAGCAGAACGAGAAGCGGCAGAGAGGGAGAGACAGAGGCUGGAGGCUGAGGCGGAGGAGGAGAGGAGGAAGGUCGAUGAGGAGGAGAGGAUCGGGGAGGGCGAGAAGGGUGAGAAGGUGUCUAAGGACGAUGGGGACAGUGGGAUGGGAAAGGGGAAGGGGAAAGAGAAGCUCGUUAUUGUGAGGCGAAGGGCCUUUUCAAGUCUUUCUCGGCUUCUUCAUCAGGGAGGUUUUUGUUCUGAAGAAUCAGGACUUAAACCUGAGCUUCAUCCAGCCAGGCCAAAAACCACCGAAAUUGCGGAUAGUCUCAGAGGUUAUAUUUACGCUGUUGUUAAAAUAUAUCCUGAGCACUCCAAAGCCGCCAAAAAAGAAAAAAGAAAAAAAGGCCGUAUUGAAAAUCUCGAAGUGUUAUUUCAAGUAUCUGUUGAGAUUUUUGAGGUACCAUUUUCGUCGUUUUUUAGUGGUCGGAUGACUGUUAGAGCUCUAGCUGGGUGCAGGUCUGUUGGAAUAAUGCUAUGUCGAGUGGGUGACUGGCUUCUACUUGCUGGGACAUUAUUGCGUUGCGAUCUUCCUCCCUCGCUUUCCCUCUCUCAUUUCCACUUCUGGGGCGAUGUAAAUCAUUUAAACCUCAAUUCAAAUCUCAAAUCUGGUCUCUUAAUACUGUAUUAUGAUUCUUUGACGACCACAUCGACUUUGAAUCGAGGAGACAAGUUCAAAGUGAUACCGAGCUGUUUAAAUGAGCGAAAACCAAGGCAAGAGCUGAGAGCACGCAAGCGGAGGCGCUGGACCAAGAGCAAGAAUUCAUUCUACAAAGGGUUUCCCUUGUUCGUUCGUUUGAAUGUCUGGGACUGUUUUUCUUCGACAGACUCUCCGUGGUACGCCAUGUACACCCUAUCACACUCUGCUUGUUUGCUCGUUUGCCAUGCAAAAAUACAAUGUCAGGUUGGGUCAAUCGCCGAAAACGCCAAUACCAUGCCGGGUCGGAUUCCAAAUAGAGUCAAUGAGAGGAAGUAUAAUACAUUCGAAGAAGAAGAAAAAGAAUCAUCCUCAUCAUCAUCAUCAUCCUUGGAAGGAAGAAUCAGGAUCAAAAGAAGAAAAGGAGAAGAUGACAAUGCAACCAUCAUCGCAUUUGCAAAGGCGUGUGCAACACCAAAGCCCCACGGGGUCUCGAGGACCCGAGGUGACCUGAAGGGGAUGGCGGCAAGUGAAAUGCUAUGCGAUGCUGCGCAAUGCAACGCAAUGCAAUGCUUGUUGGGGAUUGUACUUGUGGGUGGGUAUGCAACAAAGGCAUAA